AUGCUGUCUCGAAAGAAAACCAAAAACGAAGUGUCCAAGCCGGCCGAGGUGCAGGGCAAGUACGUCAAGAAGGAGACGUCGCCCCUGCUGCGGAAUCUUACGCCAUCAUUCAUCCGGCAUGGUCCAACAAUUCCAAGACGAACUGAUAUUUGUCUUCCAGAUUCAAACCCUGUUGCCUUUGCAGCUUCUGGAGAUGGGGUUUCAAGAAACCAGAGUUUCCUUAGGACUCCAAUUCAGAGAACACCUUAUGAAGUAAUGAGAAGAGAAAGCAACAGAUUAUCUGCACCUUCUUUUCUUGCCAGGAGUCUAGCAGAUGUCCCUGGAGAAUAUGGCUCUUCCCAGUCAUUUUUAACAGACAUUAAUUUUGCUGUUGAAAAUGGAGACACUAGUUCCCGAUUCUAUUAUUCAGAUAAUUUUUUUGAUGGUCUGAGAAGGCGGCCACUUGGAGAUCGUGUGCAUGAAGAUUAUAGAUACUAUGAAUACAGCCAUGAUCUCUUCCAAAGAAUGCCACAGAAUCAGGGGAGGCACACUGCAGGAAUUGGGAGAGUUGCUGCUACAUCUUUAGGAAAUUUAACUAACCAUGGUUCUGAAGAUUUACCCCUUCCUCCUGGAUGGUCUGUGGACUGGACAAUGAGAGGAAGAAAAUAUUAUAUAGAUCAUAAUACAAAUACAACUCAUUGGAGCCACCCUCUUGAGCGGGAGGGGCUUCCCCCAGGAUGGGAGCGAGUUGAAUCAUCAGAAUUUGGAACUUAUUAUGUAGAUCACAUAAAUAAGAAAGCUCAAUACAGGCAUCCCUGUGCUCCUAGUGUACCUCGGUAUGAUCAACCUCCUCCUGUUACAUAUCCACCACAGCAAACUGAAAGAAAUCAGUCCCUCUUGGUACCUGCAAAUCCCUAUCAUACUGCAGAAAUUCCUAACUGGCUUCAGGUUUACGCUCGAGCCCCUGUGAAAUAUGACCAUAUUCUGAAGUGGGAACUCUUCCAGCUGGCUGACCUGGACACAUAUCAGGGAAUGCUAAAGUUGCUCUUCAUGAAAGAACUGGAACAGAUUGUUAAAACAUAUGAAGCUUACAGACAGGCUCUUCUCACAGAGCUGGAAAACCGAAAGCAGAGGAAGCAGUGGUAUGCUCAGCAGCAGGGCAAGAAUGCUUAAGUCAGUUUUUUUAAACAUAAAAUUUCAAGUUUUAUAAUGGCUUUAAACUAUUUUCAGUGAUGAAAAACUGCAAACAAGAACUAUGUUUAAUAAAGGCAGCUUACUUUUUGGAAAUUAUAAAGUUCUAAUUUUACAUGUAUUUUGUUAUUAGAAAUAUUAUUGUACUGAAUAAAGAGAUGAUUAUCAUUCUAAGAGCCAAUAUUCUAAACACUUCCAAAUGCUAUAUGUUUGGAAACUAUAUUGAAUAUUUUUGGUG